UCAACGACCGAAUCAGAUAAUAAAGCUACCAUACUAGAUUAUCUAAAUGAGGACUGCUGGAUGGCAGUGCUUAGCUAUAUACCUGUUAAAUAUGUCAUACAGUCAGAAAGAGUCAGUCACCGAUGGCAAGAAUUGGUUUUGAAGUAUUUGCGACGUCUCCGAAUUGCUAUUCGGCAUCCUCUGAACUGGUUAUCAUUUUGUGAUGACGACUACGGUUUGAAUGGAGCUUACGGGAAUUAUUAUUUAGGUGAUAAUGAAGUAGUUGUCGUUCUCAAUAAAAGAGCAGCCGAUUAUUUAUCGUUCGCACGUUGGACCAGCAAACUUGGCGCAUCUGUUGUAAGCACUUACUGUACUACCAUUCACAAUAUGGAAACAAUAGGAGAAAACUGUCCUAAUCUUGAAACUCUCGAGAUAUUCCGAGAAUCAGAAGAAAACUUACCAACCAUUCAUCAUGAAAAACUUCAAGUGGUUACGGAGACUAUAUUUCAAAAAAUAUAAUUGUGUCUCAGACGUAUAUAUCAGUAGUUUUAUAGCAAACAAUUCCGUGUUAGAAGAAUUGGAAAUAAACAAUAAUGAAAUCGUGACUGGUAAAUGUUUGCUCAACAUCAAAUCGGCAGCGUUGAAAUCCCUGAUGUUCAAUAAAUGUAGAAAAUUGAAAAUGUGCAAUUUGCUCGCCACUGCUAGCCGUCACAAUCUGACAAAGCUGGAGUUCAUUGAUGUUCCUUAUAAUAUAUAUGAAGAUAUACAUUUAAUCCUGAAUAAAUUGCCAAAUUUAGAGCGUGUAUUAGAUGAAGUUAUAAAUUGCGAUCAUUUUUUCGAAGCUGUUUGUCGUCUGAGCAAGUUGAAGUUUCUUGUUGUAAUGUAUGAGGCGACGGAUACGAAUUUGGAAGACGUGACGAGGUGCUGUAAGGAUUUAACAAUUUUGGAGCUCGGAGAUUGUCCUACCGUGUCAUCUCGUGGAAUGGGGGCGGUGAUCCGUAACGUGGGAGCGCGUAUCACCAGGCUGGGCAUACCCAAGAGCGAAUAUCUGGAGGAUGACGAUGUGAUUGCCUGCGUACGCGAAUGCCCUAAUCUCAUGUUCUUGGACUUGAGUGGGUGCUUGCGUCUGAGAGAGGGUAUGCUGCGUGGGGCUGAUGAAGCACGACACCUCAUGCGCGCCCAGCGUUCGCUGAAACUGGUCGUUGAAGAUACAUUCCUGCAUUUUGAUGAAGAUACGGUAUUUUAUCAAGUUAUUUUAUGUUAUCAAGCAGUAACAGGGUUGGGCAGUAUUUCAAUUACAUGUAUUUGA